GAGCUUAAACUCGUCGGACCAAAACACGAUGAGCGAAAGCCGUGUGGGUAUCAUUUUGACUCGGCUCUGUGUUUCGCAUUCGUUUUCUGCAGACUCACUUGGAUGUUAAAAAGAUGGCGGGACUGGAACUGCUAUUCAGCUCGAUCGUCGAAAGUAUCACGUCUCCCAAAGAUGUUUUAGUCUCCUUUGUUCACUGGGAAAUUGUGCGACAAGGGUAUAAAUGUCUUGGAACAGGAGACCAGCCACAAAGUACCGAUAAAAAGUCCGAGUUACUCCCUCAGGGGUGGAACAGCAACAGAGAGUUAUACACCCUUCGGUAUCAGUCCGCAAACGGCCAGUCACAGUUACUGGUCAAAGGCAUCACUGUCGACUCCACUCUUAUCUUCAAUAUACUGAAUACACCUUCUGAAAAGGUGUCCGACCUGACAGUGAAUGUCAGUGAUUAUAUAGAUGCGGAUAACCUGAAAGACUUCGACAGGGUGUUUAAGAACCCGGAACAGCUGGCAGAAAAGGUCCAGGCUGACCUGCUUCCCUGGGUCUCCUCAAAGAAGGCUGAAAAGACCCAGAGAGAGACCCCCCUGAAGCGAGAGACGGAGGAUGACCCGCUCCGGAUCCCAUCGAGGAAGCCGCAGUCUUACCCGCAGCCCGGCUGGCGCAAUCCCAUGGCGCCAUUUGCUGCUGGGGGUGCAGACCUGGAUCCCUUCAGCGGUAGACCAGGAGGGAUGAUCGUGGACCCUCUACGGUCAGGAUUCCCUCGUUCGGGUUUUGACCCCUCUGCUGGGAUCCCAGGUCGUCUGCCUCCCGGUGCAGUGCCUCCGGGGGCCCGAUUUGACCCCUUUGGAGCUGUUGGGAUGGGGAUGAAUCGCCCAGGCCCGGAUCCUGACCACAUGCCCCCCCCCGGGUAUGACGACAUGUUCAUGUAGAAACACCAUCUCCAGCCCCCUGAUUUUUGCCUGCCCCAGCAGAAGAAUGCAGGAAAAUACUGCUUAAGACUUUUCCCAAUAAGUCACGUCGUUUAGUUGGAAGGGCAAAUCUGUUGUGCGUAAAUUUUUAAUUCUGUAACCCUGUGUUCUAGAAAAUAGGUUAGUUUGAAUUGUUUGCUAUAUAAUACAUGACAAUAUUGUAAUGGUGAGACAUUUACCACUUUGAAUGACGACAUGUUAGAUAAUUGCUAAAUAGUGUUAAUCUUUGCAAAGGAUAUUGCACUUGUUAAAAUGUUGUAAAUACAAGGAAAUAUUGCUUAAAUUUAAAUGUCAAUUUUUUCAUGAGUGCUAUCUUAAUUUCUAAUAAAUCUACUACUUUGAGAAACUAAAACUUUAUUUGCUGUGGAAGCUGUUUUUAUUUUCAUAAUUCUGUUAACUCUGUUUGUAUCUAACUUUCCAUUUGUAAUGAUUAAGCUUUAAAUGUUAAUAA